AUGUGUUGUAAGUUUCUGAGACGUGGCGAAAAAGAAGGGAAGCUGACGUAUCCUUAUGAGCAUAGGGCCCGAGUUCCCCCAGCUCUACACACCGGGCUGAUUGGUCGUGGAGGACUGGGCUACGCUGUUACCAUGCCCUGCCUCAGGCGAUUACUGGUCUUAGUACUAUGCGGGUGCCUCGCGUUAACAUCAGCGCAGUAUAACUUUGGUUUCGGCAAUGGUUACAUAGGUAGCUUCGGUGGUGGCUUCACUGGUCUUUCAGCGAGGGAUCCCAGAGCGAAUACUGGACCUGUGGUCUUCCCUCCAUCUCCCCCCGGUGACCCAUCUCAGACUAGCGGCGUUGUACCUGGAGCUUCUGGUUUUGGUUUCCAACCACCAGGCGCACAAGGUAACCAAUAUGGUCGAUAG